AAUUUAACUCCGCCGCUUACUCUUGACAACCGACAUAAGUCUGUUUCGACAUCGCGCAAGUUGUAGGGAGGUGAUACAAAGGCCAAAAUACCAGGGUCUUCCUGUGAGCUGGGCGCUUGCUGGUGGGGCCAAAGGCAACAUUGAAGCGGCACUUGGGCGUCCUCUCGAAAGCGGGAGGCUUCAACAAAUCCCCCCCCCCCCCGGCCCGGACCAACACCUUUAUUGUCAGCGUUUGAGGAAUCUGCAGGAUGCCUCCAACGCCCUGCGUUGUGUGCCAGACAGAACGGGCCGUUAUCAAACGGCCAAAAAAUCAUCAGAAGCUCUGUAAGACGUGCUUCAUACGAAUAUUUGAGGAAGAAGUCCACCACACCAUCAUCGCAUCCAACUUGUUCUAUCCUGGAGAACAAGUCGCCAUCGGAGCCUCUGGUGGUAAGGACUCGACAGUCUUGGCGUCUGUCCUGAAAACUCUGAACGACCGACACAACUAUGGCCUAGACUUGAUGUUAUUGAGUAUAGACGAGGGGAUCAAGGGCUAUCGGGACGACUCCCUGGAGACAGUUAAGCGUAAUGCAGUACAGUACGACAUGCCUCUAAAGAUCGUGGGCUACGACGAGCUCUACGGUUGGACGAUGGACCAGGUGGUUGACACAAUCGGAAAGAAGGGCAACUGUACAUACUGUGGUGUCUUCCGACGACAGGCUCUUGAUCGAGGCUCGAAGAUGCUGGGGAUCAAGCAUGUUGUCACGGGUCACAACGCGGACGAUGUGGCAGAGACGGUCCUCAUGAAUUUGUUGAGAGGAGACCUGCCCCGGCUGUCCCGGGCUACCAGUAUCAUCACUGGCGACUCGAAUUCGGACGUCAAGCGGAGCAAGCCCUUGAAAUACUCGUAUGAAAAAGAGAUUGUGUUGUAUGCACAUCACAAGAAGCUGGAUUAUUUCAGUACUGAGUGCAUCUACAGCCCGGAAGCAUUCCGUGGGAGUGCACGAAGUCUUAUCAAGAACCUGGAAAGAGUCCGCCCAAGCGCUAUCCUGGAUAUCGUACGCAGCGGAGAGGAUAUGGCCAGGUUGGUGCCGGGAAAACAGCCCGACAACUGCGCAUGCAAGGUCAAGUCGGCUCCAGUCGACGCGGUCCUGGAAGAGGAAGAUAUCGGCGGAUGCGGAUCUGCAAAUGGCCGGACUUCGGGCAAUGAGAUGUCGGUCAUGGAGGCCCAGCUGAGAGGCAAUGAUACUGCCAAGAAUCUUGAGAUCGAUGUCACUACUGCUGUUCCUCUGAGGCCACGAACGAAGGAUGGCCAGAGCCUGUCAACUCACAACGGAAAGCCGGGAGGAAAGAAGGCGAUCACUAAGCAGGUGAAGGGGAAAUGCGAGAAAUGCGGCUACAUGUCAAGUCAGGCAAUGUGCCAGGCAUGCAUGCUGUUAGAGGGGUUGAAUAAAAACAGACCACAAAUACAACUAUAG